CUACCCUUGCAUGCGUCCAAUUUCAUAUCACUGUCCUUUCUUCUUCCUUUUCUCAUUACUACAAACAAACAAACCCUUUGUUCACGCAUCAUUUUACAAACAAAUCCAUCCAUAUAUAAAAAAACCACCAUUAACAAAAAGGUAACAAACCCAUUCACGCAACCUUACACACCAAAAACGAUUCUACUAACUUUCACUUCAACUGCAAAAGCAACAGUUUAUACUCCAUUAUUCACCAUGGCCAUCCCACAUUUUCUUGCAAUACCUUUCCCAAUCCAAGGCCAUAUCAAUCCCCUUUUGCAGUUCUCCCAGGUUUUGGUCACAUAUGGCUGCAAAAUCACCUUCUUGAGUUCGGAUGAGAACUACCGCAAACUGAAGAGUGCAAGGGAUGGUGCUGCCAUGGACCCAAACAUAAAGUUUGUGUCUCUCCCUGAUGGUGUGGACCCUGAAGAUGAUAGAAAGGACCAGGCCAAGGUUAUUUCCACCACCAUUAAAACCAUGCGUGUUAUGCUUCCCAAGCUCAUACAAGAUGUGAAUGCUUUCGACACUCACAACAAAAUUUCUUGCAUUAUUGUCACCAAGAACAUGGGAUGGGCUUUGGAAGUUGGCCACCACUUGGGUAUAAAAGGGUCUCUGUUCUGGCCAGCCUCAGCAACUUCUCUGGCUUCCUUUAACUCCAUUCAGAGGCUUAUUGAUGAAGGAACCAUAGAUUGCAAAACUGGACUCCCUAGCAGAAACCAGGAACUGAUACAGCUUUCCUCUAAUUUGCCUUUGAUGGAAGCAGCUUCCAUGCCAUGGUACUGCUUGGAUAAUCCCUUCUUCUUCCUUCACAUGAAGCAAGAAAUGCAGAAUUUGAAUUUAGCAGAAAAAUGGCUUUGUAACACUACUUUUGAUCUUGAAGCUGGAGCUUUUUCCACAUCACCAAAGCUCCUACCAGUAGGCCCUUUAAUGGCAAAUGAGAAGAACAACAUAUUAUGUUCAUUGUGGGAAGAAGACAGAACCUGUCUAGAAUGGUUGGACCUGCAGCCACCUCAAUCUGUCAUAUAUGUUUCUUUUGGAAGUAUGGUGUCACUGAAACCAAACCAAUUCAAUGAACUAGCUCUUGGACUGGACCUCCUUAAAAGACCUUUCCUUUGGGUUGUUCGUGAAGACAAUGGUUUCGAGGUGAACAAUGCAUGUGAAUUUCGGGGAAGUCAAGGUAAAGUUGUUAGUUGGGCACCUCAGAAGAAGGUUCUGAGCCACCCUGCCAUAGCAUGUUUCAUUACCCACUGUGGUUGGAAUUCAACCAUAGAAGGUGUUUGUAAUGGGGUACCGUUCUUGUGUUGGCCAUUCUGCAGUGACCAACUUAUGAACCAGACUUAUAUUUGUGAUGUGUGGAAGGUUGGAGUUGGAUUUGACAGGGAUGAGAAUGGAAUGAUAUCAAAGGAAGAGAUAAAAAAGAAGGUGGAGCAACUACUUGUCGAUGAGGAAAUAAAGGGAAGAUCUUCCAAAUUCAUGGAAAUGGUCAUCAAGAACAAAACACAAGGUGACCACAAUCUCAACAUGUUUAUCAAUUGGGCCAAGGACUAAGAACUAAGAAUUCUCUUAAUACAGUUUUAUAGCUUUUAUAUAUAUUUAACAAAUAAAUAUACAUAAAAUAAGGAAAGAAUAGAGAAAAUAAAGUGGAAAUUAAGGUGGUGUUUUGUUAACUGUGUUAUGUAUUAUAAUAUAAAAUUUACAGAUGUGUUCUAAACUCUUCCUAAUUUUUCUAAAUCUAGUGAAGUCCUUCAUCUUUAAGGAACAUUCUCACGAACAUGCAAAUUCUAUAAAUUAAGACUUAAUUAAUUUUA